GUAACCAAGUAAGCAACCAUUUCUAAUGUGCGGCAUUUUGACAACCCAUAGGGGAAAAGGUCAGAAAAAUGGCCGAGUCCUUUAACAUUCAAAAAUCUUUUCUACUCCCUUGCCUUCAGUUUUGGUUUAGAUCCUUAACAUCAAGCCAUCCAUUUCUUAAUUUCCAUCUAACCCAAAAACCUUCAUUCUACUCUUAAUCUAAUCCCAUGACCUCCUUACAAAUCUCAUUUAUAUGUCUUUCUUCUUCUUUUUCCUUAAAGAGAACACAUGCUACUAAUGUCCCAAAAUUUAGACGAAUGCCUUUAUUAGUUCCAAAAAUAUCAACCAAAAAAUCGUUUCAUGAAUCCAACAAUUCCAGAGACACAAACCCACUUGAAGUGAAUGUCACACAAAAAAUAUUGCAUGAUGAAGAUAUACAUAAUCUCAAUAUUCUCAACACCAAGACAAGAAUCUAUUCAAUUUUAGAGUUGGUAACCGACAGGGUCGAAAUGCACCACAACGUUGGCGAGCAACGUGACAAUUGGAACACCCUUCUGUUGAACUCCAUCAACAUGAUCACUCUCACUGCCACAACCAUGUCUGGUCUUGCUGCCGCGUGUCCAGGUUCAGGUGCACCACCCUUGUCUCUUAAACUAUCAUCCACGCUCUUGUUUUGUGCUGCCACAGGGUUACUACUAGUGAUGAACAAGAUCCAACCAUCACAACUCGCCGAGGAACAACGAAACGCAACAAGAUUGUUUAAGUGCCUCAAUACCAAAAUAGAAACUACUAUUGCUCUUCGGAAUCCUACAGAGGAAGAUGUGAAUGAUGUGAUAGAGAAGGUUUUGGCUCUUGAUAGAGCUUACCCACUUCCUCUCUUGGGAGGAGCCAUGCUUGAGAAAUUCCCUGAAAAAUUUGAGCCUGUUGUUUGGUGGCCUAAUAAUAAGACUUCACAACCCCAUGAAGGAAAAGCAAAGAGUGAGAAAAUGGAACAAGAGUUAAUGAAUGGAUGGAGUGAAGAGCUAGAAAUGGAACUGAGGGAGGUUGUUGAGGUGACAAAAAGAAAAGAUGUUGAGGACUAUGAGAGGUUAGGAAACAUGGCGUUGAAGAUUAACAAGAGUUUAGCCAUUAUAGGGCCUUUGCUUAUGGGCAUUGCAACAAUUGGUUCUGUGUUUGUGGACAAUAUUGGGUCAUCUUCAUGGGCAUAUUUGGUGACCCUUUUGGCUGGAUCAUCGGCGGCUGUGGUUAACUCCUUUGAGCAUGGUGGGCAAGUGGGAAUGGUGUUUGAAAUGUAUAGAUACUGUGGAGGAUUCUUGCGUCUGUUGGAAGAGACAGUUGAGGCAACACUCGAAGAGAAAGAUGUGGAGAAAAGAGAAAACGGAGAGGUGUUUGAAAACAAGGUGGCAAUGCAAUUGGGAAGAAGUGGUUUGCAGCUGAGAGAGCUUGCCUCUAAGUCUGCUUCUUAUCGAAGGGAUGGAAUUGCCAUGGAUGAAUUUGCAAGCAAGCUCUUCUAGUACAAUUACGUGUUGGAAUGGUGAACAGCAAGGAUAUUUAGAAUUCAUAGUUUUCUUAUUGACAAGUAGAAACACUGUUUUAGCUUGAAACACUAACUUUGUUGGAUACACUUGGCCAUUAUUUGUGUACAGUUCAUUUAAUUUUUAUAUAUUUCGUUUCAUAAUAUGAUACUGUGAUGUUCUUUAUUUAAGAUCAGGUGAUC